UGUGUGUCGCAGUCGGUUUUCCUCGGCGGUUUGCGAGGCCCCGGCCAUGGCGGCCGCAGCGCCGGCUGCAGAAGGCGCAGACCUGAGCGCAGCUCCCGUGGCAGACGCCUCCAGCAACGUGGCGUUUGGGGAAGAGGAAGGAGUUGGCUCGGCGGGCGCGGAGAGGGACGGACUCCCGGGAGGAGCGGAGACCUUGGCAGAGAGCGAGGAGGACGAGGAGGAUGUUUUCGAAGUGGAGAAGAUCCUGGACAUGAAGACCGAGGGCGGCAGGGUCCUGUACAAAGUCCGCUGGAAGGGCUACGCGUCGGAGGAUGACACGUGGGAGCCCGAGGUCCACCUGGAGGACUGCAAGGAGGUGCUGCUUGAGUUCAGGAGGAAGAACACGGAGAGCAAGGCCAAAGCCGUCCGGAAGGACAUUCAGAGACUGUCACUAAAUAAGGACAUAUUUGAGGCAAACUCUGACAGUGAUCAGCAAAGCGAGACGAAAGAAGAGACUUCUCCGAGGAAGAAGAAAAAGCCGAGGCCGAGAGAAGAAAAAAACCUGGAGGAUGUGAAAAAGAAAAAAGCCAAGACCGGGAAGGUGAAGGAGCAGCCCAGCACGGACCCCGAGAGCUCUCCCGAGAGGUUAGUUAUUGAUUUAAGGACAAAGAAAAGAAUCUUGGAAGGCAAAGAAGAAUUAAAGGACUCCAAAAAGCCAAAAAAAGAUGAACUGAAGGAAUUAAAAAAAGCUAAAAAAGGCGAAUUGAAAGAUUUAAAGACUAAAGUAAGAGAAGAUCCGAAAGAAAAUAGAAAAGUGAGAAAAGAGAAAUCUGCUGACUCUCCGUUGGAGUCCGAGUUCAGUGUGCUGCAUGAUUCUUCCCACGAGCAGAGUCCGGAAGAAUUACUGCCUGAAAACAGGGAUGAGAAAGACCCGAGAGGAGCCCAAGAUCCGGCGGAGCAGGGCGCAGAGCAAGAGGGCGUCUCGGAGAAAGAGGGGGACGGUACUUUCAGUGCGGAGGAGGAUGCUGAGCGCAAAGGCAGGAAGAAGAAAAGACAGCCAAGGAAGACGGAGGACCCGAAGGAGAGCGGAAAGCCAGAGAAGAAGGGUGUUGGCUCAGAGAAGAAGGCUGGCCCUAAAAAGCAAAGGCAAGGCAGUCAAGACCAGGGCAAAGGCACCGCAGAGUUAGACAGACUGACACCCACGGGUGCCCAGACGCAGCCCUCGUGGCCCGCUGCGACGGAGAGCGGCCUCAGGGCCCCGGAGUCGGGGGAGCAGGUGAGUGGGCUGAGGGGCGAGGGGCGCAGACACAAAGAGAAAGAGCCCCCAAAAAAUGAACCCAAAGAAAAAUAUCAAAAAAGUUAUGAUUCAGAUAAGGAAGAAAGAACCCGAAGAGAGCCAAAGGGCCCGAAGACAGUUAAGGAAAUAAGAAACACAAUUGAUUUGCUUAAAAAAACUUCAGAGGAAAAAAACGAUGUUCCUGAAGCUAACCGAAACAAAGACACAGCGGCAGAUUGGAAAAGCACGGAAGAGCAGCCAAGCAGGGAGGGCAGACAGACGGUGAAAGACAGGAGGAGCGCACGGGAGGAGUGCGACACGUGGGCACACAUCGCCGCCGAGGGGGACCAGGAGCUGCUGGACAGCGUGCUCCACUCGGACGAGAACCCAGACGGCCGGCAUCAGAGCCUGGGCGUGGACUUGCAGCUGGAGUGGAUGAAGCUGGAAGAUUUCCAAAGGCACCUUGACGGGGGAGACGAGAGCUUCGCCAUAGCAGAUGCAAUUCCAAGCAAUUUGCUGAGAGACGCUGUCAAAAAUGGGGAUUACAUUACUGUAAAGGUUGCACUUAAUUCCAGUGAAGAAUAUGAUCUGGACCAAGAGGAUUCCAGUGGGAUGACACUGGUCAUGCUUGCUGCAGCAGGGGGACAGGACGACCUCCUGAGACUCCUCAUCACCAAAGGGGCCAAAGUGAACGGGCGGCAGAAGAACGGGACCACCGCGCUCAUCCACGCCGCGGAGAAGAACUUUCUGACGACAGUGGCGAUCCUCCUAGAAGCUGGUGCUUUUGUGAAUGUCCAGCAGAGCAACGGUGAGACCGCACUCAUGAAGGCCUGUAAAAGGGGAAAUUCCGAUAUUGUACGACUUGUAAUUGAAUGUGGAGCAGACUGCAAUAUUUUAUCAAAGCAUCAAAACAGUGCUUUGCAUUUUGCUAAGCAAAGCAACAACGUGCUUGUGUAUGAUUUGCUCAAGAGUCACUUGGAGACACUUUCAAGAGUGGCUGAAGAGACCAUAAAGGAUUAUUUUGAGGAUCGCCUCGUUCUGCUAGAACCUGUUUUCCCAAUAGCCUGUCACCGGCUCUGUGAAGGGCCAGACUUUUCCACCGAUUUCCAUUAUAAACCUCCACAGAACAUACCAGAAGGCUCUGGUGUUCUGCUCUUUAUCUUUCAUGCCAACUUCCUGGGUAAGGAAGUUAUUGCUCGGCUCUGCGGGCCAUGCAGCGUACAAGCUGUAGUGUUGAAUGAUAAAUUUCAACUUCCUGUUUUUCUGGACAGUCACUUUGUCUACUCCUUCAGCCCUGUCGCAGGCCCCAACAAGCUCUUCCUGCGACUGACCGAGGCUCCCGCAGCCAAGGUCAAGCUGCUGAUAGGCGCGUACCGAGUGCAGCUGCAGUGAGCACGAGGAAGGACUGGAUGAAGGCGUCUGCACGCUUAGCCUCAACUCUGGAAGCAGUCUGGGGUUCCACUGGCUGCCUUAAAAAUGUCCAGUUCUGUCUG